AUGUCAGCCUCGCCGCUGGGUCCGAACCACUUCAAAACGAUGUCCGCCUCGGCCUCUCAGACCCUCCGCCACGUCUUCGCUCCGCUCAGCUCCAACUCGCCCCGCCCGCCGCCUUCGAAGAAAAGCUGGAGCGCGCGCAUCCAAAAGAAGUCGCCGCGCCAAGCACUCGCAGCGGCGCUCUGCGGCGCAAAUGCACACUUUGGAGGCUUUGGCUUUGGAGGCGCGGCGUCGGAGCCGCCCGAGCUGCCUCCCGGGCUGGAGGACUACACCCUCGAGCGACCGCUCGGCAAGGGUAUGUUUGGGGCCGUGUGGCUCGGCCGACAUUCCGGAAUGGGCCUCUCGCGGCCAGUCGCUGUCAAGGUUUGCGCGCUCGAUGAUGAGGAGGAGACGAGCGCGGCGGACGUCGCGCACGAGGCGGAGAUGCUCGCGCGCCUCUUCUCCGGCGCUGAUGUUCCCGCGAGCCGGCUCCUCCCGCGUCUGUUUGCGUACCAGACAGAUGCGCUCCGGGCGGCGCUCGUGCUUCAGUACUUUGAGGGCGUCGAGCUGAGGGAGCAUGCGAGCGCGGCGGGUGGCUUGCUCAGCGAAGUGGAGGCGCGGCGGCUGACGGCCCUCCUCCUCGAGGCGCUCGCCCACGCCCACCGCAAGGGCGUGGCACACGGCGACGUCAAGCCCGAGAAUGUGCUCGUCACAGUGCCCGACGCCGCCUCGCUCAUGCUGGUCGACUUUGGCAGCGCGUCCGCCUUCGACCCGGAGGCGGCGCCUCGCGUGGCGGAGAGGGGAGGCACGCCCAACUUCAUGGCUCCCGAGCGCCACCUCGCGGGCGGCGGUGGCGCACAGCACUUCGACGGCCGCGCGUCGGACGUCUGGUCGGCGGGGUGUGUACUCUUCUCUCUGCUGCGCGGCCGCGCGCCGUACGACUGGGAGGCGGCCGAGGCGCAGGCCGACGCGGAGGGGUGGAGCCGCGGCUGGCCAGAGGCGAGCGGCCAUGCCGCGGCCCUGCUGCGGCGCGUGCGGGAUAACGACCCCUUUUCAUGCGGCGAGGAGGAGGACGAAGAGGAGGACGAGCCGCCGCCGGUGAGCGGGUCGACGGAGCGGCUCGUGCGGCUCGCCACGCGCUUCGAGCCGUCGGAGCGGCCGACCGCUGCCCGGCUGCGCGAGGAGCUGCUCGGCGCUGCGGUGCCGGAGUCGGCUUUUGCGCGGCUGGCGCUGGGGGCGGCGAGCUGA